GUAGUGUCCUCACAUCAGAAUAGCGUGAUUUUCGUUGGUGGUGAUACGGUCGUUCGUUCUCCGAAAAGUUCUUACAGAAUCGCAACAUGUGGAAAUAUCUAGCGUUUUUCGGUAUAAUGUUUAUUUCGGCAUUCGCCGAACCACCUGUUCAAGGUGUAAGGGCAACAAAUGUGCUCGGUACUUCUGAUCAACACGCGUCUUUCAGUUUUGUCAGGCCAGGUUUAACGCAAACAGCAUUCGCUUUCAGCGGUCCCAGUUCUCAUCAAUCGUUUAGUUCCAAUAUAGGAAAUCCUUACUUGGCACAAAGAGUUCUACCAAACAUCGCUAGUGCUCUUGCUUAUAGAAAUCCCGGUUUAGGUGUAUUUCCGACUGGGUCAAUCGCACACGGUUAUGCAACAGCACCGGUCGCUGGACCUACAUUCGUCUCCGCUGCACAAGCACCGUUACCAUAUCAAGCAUCGAUUGAUCCAGCUACUUUAGCUUAUUAUCAACAAUUACAACAAAUUCAACAACCCCAGGUACAGGCUUACUCUGCGGCUAACGCGUACCAAGCGCAAUUAGCGCAAUUACUCGCAUAUGGACAAGCUCAAGCUCAAGCUCAAGCUCAAGCUCAAUCUCAGGAGCAUGUACAAUCGACGCAAGCACAAGUGCCUGAACAGAUUCAAUUGCAACAAGAGGAACAGCAACAAGAAGAACAACAGUCUCAAAACUUAUUAGGCGUUGCCUAUUCGUCGGCACCUUCGGUAGCGCGAGUGAAAGUAUCCGGAAAUGGCUAUAAAUUUAACUUCUAAAAUCUAUAAACUGUACAGUAACAGUUAUAUAGUUCUAUAUUUUGUACCAGUCAUAGUAUAUUUAUUUAUUUAUCAUAAUCUCAUGCAUAUAUGAAGAACUUUUUAUACGAAUGGCUUAAUAAAGUUAUCUUACGCAUUCUAA